CUUACAGCGAUCCCCCUGGCAAUGCACAAUCGUCGCGCGUCAACGCUUCGGAACUUUCCAAGACAAUCUGGUGCUCACUCCUCAGAUGAACUUGGACUCCUCAGGGAAACAACUGGAGAGACUCUCGAAGAGUCCUUGAGAAGACAACUGACGGAGAAAGAUAGAGAAAACGACAGGCUCCGGACGCAGAUACAAACUUUGCAAGUGCAGCUGUCACAAAGACCUGCCAUGGAAACUAUUCAGGAGAUGGAGAAGGAAUAUAAUAACUUGGAACUCUUACUCCAAGGCACCCAACGAGAGAAUGAACGAUGUAUGGCAGAACUGGAAAGAGGGAAGGCACGGGAGAAGAUACUUGAACAAGCGCUCUCGAAGGUCGCAGGCGAGAACUGGCAGUCGUCACUUGAUGUCUCUCCGGUAGGAACUUCGGCUUUUGCUGCUCGUUUACAUCAACACGAGCGGUCCAAUUCGGGAAAUACUUCCCUACCUAUUCGAUCUGCUUCGCCUGCCAAAGAUAGCCCCGACAUGGCGACAGAUCCCGCUGAAGUUACGGCGCAAAUUGAGCAGGUUCGUAUGCUAAUUCUUGGUAUGGAGCAGCGUCUCCAGACACGGGAGGAUAUGCUUAUCAGGAAUAUGGAACGGGCCGAAACAGAAGGAAGGAAGUUUGAGGAGCUCAAACGCGAGCUGCAAGCGCAGUGA